UGUUGAAGCAGAUCAAGAGGAAAAGAAAAGAAAAAAAAUAGAAAAUUGUGCAAGUACGAGUUGCUGGUUAUAUUUAUUUACUUAUUUUCAUCUGAAUACGGUCCGAAAUCACACAUAGAAGAGAUCUGCUACUUAAAACAGAAUAAGAAUUGAAAAGGUUGCAGACAUUGCUCAUUGAAGAAAAAGCACUUUCAUUACGAACUGGUCUGUUUAUAUAUCAAAAAACCUUUAUAUCCAUUCAAAUAUGUCUUUUACAAGAAAACCCUAUGAUCGAUUAAAGAGGGAACGAUCUCUUUCACCUCCAAGACACAGGAGUUACGCAAACAGAGUUCGCAAGACAAGGACGUCGGGAGAAACGGAUGAAAAAGAUGAUGAUCAGGAGGCGCCUAGAGUUCGUGAAUCUAAAGAGAAGGCUUUUUUGAGACAACAAAAGCUAUUAAAAGCUAUUAUAAGAGUGAAGGAGGAUCGAGCCGGUCUACUUGAGAAGCUUUUGGUAAGCCUUUCUCUGCUUUCACAGAAAAACAAUCAGAGUGGAAUUUAUACUGGAAGCAUGGAUUUGACUAAUUUGGAUAUGUUUGACCCAAUUUUUACUAUCAAGAUUGCCCCUGUUGAAGAAAUAAAUAUCCUCAUCGAAAAUAUACCUGAAAUAAUGACAUUAACGGAUGAUACUAUAAGCUCAAAGUUUUGGAAGUCUGUAUACGAACUGGCCGUUUCGUUCUUGGAACUUGAUCAAUACGGGAAUGCUUCACGAAGCUUGAAAACAGUUGCCAAAGAUAUCCAAAGCAUCCUUGCUCCUAAAAAUUAUGACCAACUGGUAGUGUUAGAAACAAAAGUACAAGGAAAACUUCAGAGUGGAGAACCCAUUGACACUGAUUAUUGGGAGGAUCUAUUAAAAUCCAUACAAGCUUAUAAAGCAAUGGCAUAUCUUCGCGAUUUGUUUUCUCAACCACUACAACAACGAAAGCAGGAAAUGGUUCAAGCGGAAAUGGAGAAGGCAGUAUCCGAUGCAAAUUUUUUAUACAAGCAACAAAAUGAUACGCCUCCCCCGAAACUUUACAAACUACCAAUUGACCCCGAUCCAUUAUACCAAAUCGAUACCAUAUCAAAAACAAUACAACCUAUUGAACAAAGGGAUUAUGAAGACGCUUUAUCUGAAAAAGUUGAGGCUGUAAAGGGAAGUAUAUAUAUUCCUACAUCUUUCCAUGUAAAAAACCAAAACAAAAGAACUCCCAAAAAAUCGGUAGCUGACGCUGAGGAAGAAUUUUUCAAAACUGUAAGUGCAAAACUCGAACGUGAAUAUCUCAAAGCCGGAGGCGAAGAAGAACAAGAAAUGGUUGGUGACUUUGUAGAAGGGCAAGUAAGAACAAAAAGUCAAGAUGGAAUACCGUUGAAGAAGCCUAAGUAUUUAAACAAGGUCAUGUUAGGGUUUGAAUGGAAUUCAUAUAAUCAGGCGCAUUAUAAUGAAGCGCACCCACCUCCGAAAGCUGUGCAGGGAUAUCGAUUCAACAUUUUCUAUCCUGACUUGAUUGGCACUACUCGCUCACCAACGUACAAGAUUGAACGUGGACCGAAAGCUGACAGAGAGUCGGCAAUGACACAAGAUAAUGUUUGUAUUAUACGUUUUAUCGCAGGGGCACCAUACCAAGAUAUUGCUUUCUGUAUCGUGGACAAAGAGUGGGACUACAGUGCCAAACGUGAACGAGGGUUUAAAAGCAGUUUCGAUAAUGGUGUACUAUCACUACAUUUCCAGUUUAAAAAAACACAUCACAGACGCUGAUGUAUAGUGGUUUUGUUAUAUAUUUUGUUUCGCGGAUGGAUUUUAUAAACUUUUAAAGAAUACUUUUGAGUAAAGGAUUGAAACCAUAUUGAUUGCUAAAAAUUAAACAAAUGUAGC